AAUUUUCUCUCGGCAGUGUUAUGCUAAUACUAUUGGAGAAAGAAACAAUCCUACCCGAGUCAUUUAGGAAAAUGAGGAUGAUACCUCAGAAAUGAUCGGGAUAGCUCGGUCGGUCGAUCAGAAGACUGAAAAUCCUAGUGUCACCAGUUCAAAAUCUGGUUCCUGACAUAAGUUAUCAAUUGGGUUUCAGCAGAUAAAAUAUGGGUGCUGGUCAAAAGAUUGGUCAUGCAGCUUACCAGGGUCCAAGUGUAUUGAAAGAGAUUGUUUAUGGGCUAACUCUUGGGCUUGCUGCUGGAGGCCUUUGGAAAAUUCAUCAUUGGAAGGUGCAAAAGCAAAGAAAAGAAUUCUAUCGUCUUCUUGACGAAGGUGUCAUUAGUGUCGUUAGGGAAGAUGAGUAGUACUUUCUUCUCAUCUUAUGCCAACUUCUGUUGUUUAUCAAUAUGUAUGUAUGUACAUAAGAUUAUAUAAACACACAAAAAUACAUCCAGACA